AUGGCAAGCUCUGCACUCAUCAUGCUCUCUUUCCCUCUUUGCGUGUCACUACUCCUGCUCCACAGCGGUCAGGCGCAGCUUGGCUUCGGGCAGCAAGAAACAGGGCAACCGGGGGGGAGCCGAUGCCGAAUCGAGAGGCUUAGCGCUCUGGAGCCCACGAUGCGCGUGCCCUCGGAAGCUGGCUUCACGGAGUACCUCGACCAGAACCACGAGCAGUUCCGGUGUGCGGGUGUCGCCGUUCAUCGCCGUACCAUCCUGCCGAGGGGCCUUCUCUUGCCUUCCUACUCCAAUGCCCCCAGCCUCGUCUACGUCGUGCAAGGAAGGGGUAUUGCCGGAACAGUGAUCCCUGGUUGCCCAGAGACGUACCAAUCGUUCCAACAGCAACGGGAGGUGGGAGACGAACACCAGAGGAUCCAUUCCUUUCACGAGGGAGACAUCAUCGCGUUGCCCGCUGGAGUCGCUCAUUGGUGCUACAACAAUGGCGAAGCACCUGUCGUAGCCAUUACGGUCUCCUACACGAGCAGCAGUGCUAACCAGUUGGAUCGUCAGCACAGUUUUCUACUAGCUGGAAGGGAGAGACGAGCACAACAAGGUGCACAUACAGAAGAGAGAUUAGAACAGCAAAAGGGGGUCAGCCUCCUUAAUGGUUUCGAGCUUGAGCUACUGGCGGAGGCGCUCGGCGUCGACAAGGAGGUGGUGAGGAAAAUCCAGAAUCCAGACGACGGAAGGGGUGAGAUAGUCCGCGUCGACAGAGGGCUACAGCUGCUACAGCCAUUACAGAGGAACGAAGAGCAGGAGAGACAAGAUGGCGACGAUAUAAGGCGACGUGAAUCGAAUGGAUUGGAAGAGGCAUUCUGCACGAUGGAUUACAAGCAGAACAUCGGGGACACGACGCUCUCUGACCAAUACGAUCCGAACGCCGGAAGGAUCACCGUACUCAACAGUCGCAAGUUCCCCGUGCUAAGAUUCAUGCAAAUGAGUGCCGUGAGGGGAUCUCUCCGCCCGAACACCGUCGGCGCACCGUAUUGGAACAUCAACACUCACGGCAUAGCGUACGCCCUAAAUGGAAGCUGCCAGAUGCAGGUGGUGGGGCACGGAGGGAGGACCGUCUUCGAUGGCGAGCUCCGUCAAGGUCAGCUUUUGGUGAUCCCACAGCAGUUCGUGGUGAUAACAAAGACCCGGAGCGAGCAUUACGAGUGGGUGUCGUUCAAGACCAACGACAAUCCCAUGGUGAGUCAGAUCGUCGGGAAGGCAUCGGUUUUCCGAGGCAUGCCGGUGGAGGUGCUCAUCAACUCGUAUCGUAUCUCCAGGGACGAGGCCAAGAGGCUCAAGUUCAACCGCGGUAACCUGAUGUCCAUGUUUCCUCUCGAGUCUCACGGCGAUGUGAUGGAGACCUGA